AUGCCUCCUUGUCUUCCAUUCGUAGAGGAUGCCGUUCAGAAAUUGGCCAUCGAGACUCUGGAAGAGUUGGAUUGGUGUCUGGACCAGCUGGAGACUCUACAGACCAGGCACUCUGUCAGUGAAAUGGCCUCAAAUAAGUUUAAAAGGAUGUUGAAUAGAGAACUGACACACUUAUCUGAAACAAGUCGCUCUGGAAAUCAGGUGUCCGAGUAUAUAUCUAGUACCUUCUUAGACAAACAGCAUGAAGUGGAAAUGCCAUCACAGACCUCAAAAGAAAAGGACAAGAAAAAGAUACCCAUGUCCCAGAUCAUAGGUGUGAAGAAGCUGACACACAGCUCUAGCUUCACCACAUCCAGCAUCCCACAGUUUGGAGUUAAGACUGACCAGGAAGACCUCCUUUCAAAGGAGAUUGAAGAUGCCAAUAAGUGGGGUCUGGAUAUAUUUAAGGUAGCUGAAUAUUCUGGAAAUAGACCAUUGACUGUCAUUAUGUACUCAAUCUUCCAGGAAAGAGAUCUUUUGAAAACCUUCCGAAUACCUGUGGAAACAUUCAUUACUUACAUGAUGACACUAGAGGAUCACUACCAUGCAGAUGUGGCUUAUCAUAACAACAUCCAUGCUGCCGAUGUGGCACAAUCCACCCAUGUUCUCCUUUCUACCCCUGCAUUAGAGGCUGUCUUCACUGAUUUGGAAAUCAUGGCUGCUAUUUUUGCCAGUGCGAUUCAUGAUGUUGAUCAUCCAGGAGUGUCUAAUCAGUUCCUGAUUAAUACCAAUUCUGAACUUGCAUUGAUGUAUAAUGAUGCCUCAGUCUUAGAAAAUCACCAUUUGGCAGUAGGGUUUAAGCUACUUCAAGAAGAAAAUUGUGAUAUAUUCCAGAAUCUGACAAAGAAGCAGCGCCAAACACUAAGAAAAAUGGUCAUUGACAUGGUGCUGGCUACAGAUAUGUCCAAGCACAUGAAUCUGUUGGCAGACCUGAAGACAAUGGUUGAAACCAAGAAAGUGACCAGCCUGGGGGUUCUGUUGCUUGAUAAUUACUCUGAUAGGAUACAGGUCCUACAGAACAUGGUGCACUGUGCAGACCUCAGCAAUCCCACCAAACCUUUAGAGCUCUAUCGCCAGUGGACAGAUCGGAUUAUUGUGGAGUUUUUCCACCAGGGAGACAGAGAGCGAGAGAAAGGCAUGGAGAUCAGCCCAAUGUGUGACAAGCACAAUGCUUCUGUCGAAAAAUCCCAGGUUGGUUUCAUUGAUUACAUUGUGCACCCUCUCUGGGAGACCUGGGCAGAUUUGGUGCACCCUGAUGCUCAAGAAAUUCUUGACACCUUAGAAGAUAACCGAGAAUGGUAUCAAAGCAUGAUUCCUCAAAGUCCAUCUCCUCCACCAGAUGAUCAAGACCUAGAAAGAGGUAAUGCAACAGGUGACAAAUUCCAGUUUGAGCUCACCCUGGAGGAGGAGGGGGAGUCGGACACUGAACAGGAGGACACUGAAAGUCCAGUGGACGAGGAAAGCAGCGACUCCAAAAACCAGACCACAGAUGAUUCAGCUCAAGGGAGCGAUGAGGCUGACCAUCCCUCCCCUGUUGAUGUGUGCCGGAGUAUUUCUGGCAAGCUGGACAGAUUAGAACUCCCCACAAAGAACACUCUAACGAAGCAGAAAAAAGUCUUGAACUUCGAUAACAUGAGACUAUCAGCAGAAAGGACGCUACCACAAAUGGACUCUGGUACAAGGCCUGUCGCUUCUGAGAACUUGGCAAGACAGGAAAGCACAGGGCAAGCGGAGAUCUGUUUGGAUCAGGAAGGAAACCUCACAUAUCUUCCAUUAGGAACGUAAUGCCAAAUUGCCACUCCACAUUUUAUUUUUAUUCAGUCACAACACUUUGGUUUUUUAUUUUCGGGCGGAAGAUUGGAAUUAUAUAUUUUAUUUUUUAAUUAACAAAAAAAAAAACUGACAAUGAGCAGGGGUAAAAAAAAAAGUCACCAAAAUCAAAGAUAUUGCAUGGGAGAGCAUGGUGAACUGUUCUUGGUUUCAUGUUUUUUUUAUUUUCUUUUUGAGGGAAAUGAGAAAUGCCUGUUAAACCCUCUUUAUGGCAGAGUCACUGUUCUUGGCUUUGCAAGUGUCUGCUCUGUGAGAUCCAUGGUGAUUAAGUUGUACAAAGCAGGAUUACACACCAUUGUACAAAAUCACUAUAAAUAUGGGGAUUUAAAGAUCCUUACCUGAUCUUUGCUUGUUUGUUUGCACAGUGCCCAGUACACACCUCUCACUCUACCUGCCUAGAUAAGCUCAAGUUCUUACCGCGUUUUACUAUACAUCUGCUGGGACAAUAUACAGAUGAACCGUCAUCUGUAAAGUAGCAUUCUGUUGUCUGUGCAAGACUGGUACAUAAAACUCACCAUAACUGAAUGUAGCGUUUCAUGCGUGCCCAAAAAGUUACAGAAAUCAAGUAUUUAUUUAGUAAAUAUAAGCUACUUUCAUUUUCUAACGCAUGUUUUAAAGUUGGAAAACUGUAAAUAUAAUUAACAUGUUUACAGUUCCUUGUUGAUUUCAUUAAUCAAAUCUGUUAACUUCAGCUUCAUUGAUAGAAGCAAUAUCUUAAAUAAUGCUAACUUGUGCGACGUGUAUCAUUAGGUGAUUUUACACUUGAUCAGGCUUGGGGCAGGUCCCAACACCCAUGCACAUCUACCAAUUGGAGCAAGGGAGAGCCUGACCCUGCUACUUGCAGUUAAAAAUCCUUGUUAUAGUUAGCGUCUAUAGGAGACAUACUUAUCUGUUACAUAAGAAAACGAGUGUCUAACUGCAACAAAUCAAUGAGUGAGUGGGGCAAUAUCUAUGUUUACGUUUGUAGCCAUUCUCUCCUUGUAUUAGUGCGUUAAAAAAACAAACAAAAAAAACCCUUCUGAUUUUUACAAAGGGCUUGUAUACUUCUAAAACUGGCCAACCAAUCCGAUAUAUUCAAUGAUCCUUUCUGAUUGUUGAAUAAUGAAAAAAACAAAAAAUGUUGCGUGGAAAAUGAAUUGGAAGCAAGUGACCUUUUUGAUAAUCCCAGUGGUAGCCCAAUUGUACUGAAUGCUGGGACCUGUAAUCCUCAGCAGCAGUAGGGCUUGACAGUGUCCAACCUGGAUGACACAGAGCAGACACGUUGUAAGCUUUGCCACAUAUUAAAUAUGUUUUCAAAUUGUAAUGUGAGAAGGAGAUAAAAAAAAUACCAAAAAUGUAACAUAAUCCCAGUGUUAGGAGAGGCUGAAUGAAUGUGUUGAUUUUCAGUUUUCUCUUUUGUUGCGAUGUCAUUACGACUAUCUAGACUAGAGUGAUUGAUUAUCUUCAAUAAUGUGGUUAUACUUGCCUGAUGUAUGUAAUCACAGAUCCCAAAAUAACUCUUCACAUGUAAUUCUAAGUCAUUUUGCUGCAGGACUCAUGGCUUAGUUCACAUCUUAAGGACCAAUAACCGUCUAUAUUUUCAUAGCAAGCACUUCUGGAGUUUAGUUGUCUCUUGUGUUAACCCUUUAAUAACAAGGGGUCAAGUAAUUAAUCCUGACAUUGCAGGACAUCUGCCUUAAACAGUAUAACUGCUGCUUUUCCUUGCACUGGGAUUAAUAACUGGUUUAUUGAAGGUAAAAUAUGUUUGUAUGUAUACAUGUAUAAGGAAGGAGCUACACAUACCACACAAUUUACUAGAAUCCUAUUUUGGUGUUCUUAAAAUGCUUUUCACCACUGAAUCCUAUUUUAUGCUCAACAUCUCAUGAUGAAAAUUGAGACAUAUGUUUGACCUUGCCCCUGGACAAUGUGAAUGCACAGAAUACCCUAAUAAUUUAGGGAAGCCACUUAUUUUGUUUAAUAUGCAUGCAUGAUAUUGCUCAGGUUCUGCAGAGGCAGGGGAGAACGUUGCUGCAAGGAAAAUGGAGGAUAAACAAAUGCAACAAAAUGGUAGUCCAGUACUGUUAUGUAAGAUAUGUAAUUGGAGUCACUGAAAGCUCUCUUAUGUCAGUAGUGCAGUUGACUGAAUACUUUCCCCUGGAAAACAUUGAAAUCUUUAAAGUGGACAAUGCAAAAAAAGACCUGUGAAUGAGCAGCAGUAGGAAGUAAAAUAAUGUGUUUUUAGUUUAUUUUUUUUAUUAAUUUAUGUAUAAUAUGUAAGGAGGGUCAACUGUAGUUUAUUUUUAAUUUGCAACUCACUCACGCAAGGUACCCUAUGUAUUUUUAAUUAAUUAAUUGGAAAUAAUUACUAGUCUUCAAGUUACCUCCUUUUUCUGGUUUGCCUUUAU